AAAACUGCGUGACUGCGGGCGUGUUAAUUGUAAAAAUAUUGUGUUUUGUGUAAACAACAAGUACUGCGCACGGAUGUUAAAAAAUCAGCAAUUACUUUGAUGAGCUUAGUGCAUUCGAAGAAGUAUCGGAAAAUAUGCUUGCUCUAAGAAACUAUGGCAGUAGCGAUGAUAAUAGCGAGGGAGAAUCUGACAAUGAAAAUGCAAAGAGUGAGGUUGACCGUGAUCAUGAUGCUGAAAAUGAUACUAGUAUUCCAUUUCUUCCUCUGAAAACCCAGACUACGUCCGUCAGCCUGCAAAUUUGUUCGGCGCCAGAAGUGGUACCAACGGGAACUGAAUUAUGCGUAAGGCACAUAGAUUCCACCGUAAAUGAAGUGACGCAUAAUCCCAAGUACGACGAGCUGUUUGCACCAGAUGUCGGGCCUGAGAAUCCUUUCAAAACACAGCAGCAACGUGCCACGAAAAACAUGCUUUCCGGAUACGUAGAGAAAGCUCACAUAAGCGAAUUUCAAUUUGAAAAUCAAAGAAGAACUUUUGCUAGUUAUGGCUAUGCAUUGGAUCCGACUGUGGAUGGCAGUGCGGAGGAAGGUAGAACAAUAAUUGGAGCGAAAGAAACAGCAGAGGAAUUGGGUGGCAAAACUGUGUUCGAAAGCACAGCUCUGAGAGCAGCCGAUAAAAGAAAGCGCCAUAGAAAUGAUAAUCCUGCAGAUGUCGAAGGAUUCUUAGGUCCAUGGGGUGGAUAUGUGGAUGAAAAACGAGUGAUAAAACCAACCGAUGAAGAAGCUGCUGAACUAGAGGAGAUAUUGGCCAAGAGGAACAGAAGAGGAAAACCAAUGGAAGAGAAACCUUUAGAAGAAAAGACAGUGUUGCAUAUCAAGGAUAGUCUGGACUACCAAGGACGAUCAUUUUUACACGCGCCACAAGAUGUUGGAGUUAACCUCAGGUCUGAAUCACCACCUGAUAGAUGUUUUCUGCCAAAAGCACAAAUCCACAGUUGGGAAGGUCAUACGAAGGGUAUUUCUCAGAUCAGAUGGUUUCCACGCACUGCGCAUUUGUUACUGUCUUGUGGUAUGGAUUGCAGAGUAAAGUUGUGGGAAGUGUACAAAGAGAGACGGUGUAUCCGAACUUAUUACGGUCAUCGUCAGGCUGUCCGAGAUAUAAGCUUCGAUAACGACGGGAAAAGAUUUCUGUCAGCGGGAUACGAUCGUUAUGUAAAGCUCUGGGAUACAGAAACUGGCACAUGCGUCAGCCGAUUUACGAACCGAAAGAUCCCGUAUUGUGUGAAAUUCAAUCCGGAUCCGGACAAGCAACACUUAUUUGUAGCAGGCACUAGCGACAAGAAGAUUAUUUGCUGGGAUGUUCGUUCGGGUGAGAUAACGCAAGAAUAUGAUAGGCAUUUGGGAGCGGUGAACACAAUAACAUUCGUGGAUGAAAAUCGGCGUUUUGUGACUACUUCCGAUGAUAAAAGUUUGCGAGUUUGGGAAUGGGAUAUACCAGUCGACAUGAAAUACAUAGCCGAUCCUUCCAUGCAUUCGAUGCCAGCGGUCACACCAUCGCCCAAUCAAAAGUGGCUCUCAUGUCAGAGUAUGGACAAUAAAAUCGUCAUAUUCUCUGCGUUGAAUAGAUUCAAAAUGAAUCGUAAAAAGACAUUCACGGGUCACAUGGUUGCUGGUUACGCGUGCGGUUUAGACUUUUCUCCUGAUAUGAGCUACCUUGUAUCGGGAGAUGCAGAUGGUAAGUGCUACAUUUGGGACUGGAAGACAACCAAGUUGUACAAAAAGUGGAAAGCUCACGACGGUGUAUGUAUCGAUGUCUUGUGGCAUCCGCACGAGCCUUCGAGACUCGCAACCGCUGGUUGGGAUGGAAAAAUAAAAUACUGGGAUUGAGAAUAUUUUCGAUUGUAUU